AUGUUAAGCGACGUAUACGAUCGCCUAAGAAAGGCUAUUAUAAAGGUACGGCGAGAUAUAGGGAUAGUGGUAGAGAUUAUAAUUAUAGGGAGGGGACGAUGUAUCCUUAAUAGGGACUAUAAGUCGACUAUCGACCUUAUCUUAGCCUCGGAAAACUUAACGGACUCUAUAACUAAGACCGACUAUAGCUCGGACCACGGCGCUAUUAAGACUAUAUUUGACGCCCUAUAG